GACCCAUAAAGUCGCUCCAACUGUUUCUUCAUCGACAUGAUGUAUUCGGUUGUCGUCGGUUUGGUUGUCUCCUGUUUCCUCUUUCUGUACGUUCGUUUCCCGUACUUUAUUCCGGAUUUUAUUUUUGUGCUCAAAACGUUUAACGUCGGGAUUCAGGUGAGUCGGUUCGGCCGCAGGACGCCCUGCUACACGAUCCUGGAGCGGUUCGCGGACGCCGUGCGGAGUCACCCGGAGAAGCGCUUCAUCGUGUUCGAGGGAGAGUGUUACUCUUACCGGGAUGCGGACCGGAUCAGUAACAGAGUGGCGAACGCGCUCCGGGAGCACGCGCGUGUGCGCUCGGGUCAGAUCGUGGCGCUCUUUCACGGGAACGCGCCCCAGUACGUGUGGACGUGGCUCGCGCUCGCCAAACUGGGCUGCACGGUCGCGCUCCUGAACACGAACAUCAGGAGCCGAUCUCUGCUGCACUGCUGCGACUGCUGCUGCGCCACGGCCCUCAUCACUGAUGCAGAUCUGGCCCCAGCGGUAGCUGAAGUCCUGCCGUCUCUGCGUGAGCGUGGCGUGUCUGUGUUCCUGCUGUCGGACGGCUGUGAGACGGACGGCGUCGUGAAUCUGUCGGCUGCGGUGAGCGGCGCUUCAGAAGAGGCUCCGCCCCUCAGCCUGAGGCGUGACAUCAGCAUCCGGAGCCCCGCCCUCUACAUCUACACCUCCGGCACCACAGGUCUUCCUAAAGCGGCGGUGAUCAACCACCACAGACUCUGGAUGAUGUCGUUCCUGCAGCGCAUCUCAGGCGUGAGCUCCAGAGACGUCAUCUACAUCUGCCUGCCCCUGUACCACAGCGCGGGCAUCCUCGCCGGCCUCACCGGAGCCAUAGAGCGGGGGAUCACGGUGGUGCUGAGGAGGAAGUUCUCCGCGUCUCGGUUUUGGGACGACUGUCGGGAACACGAGGUGACGGUCAUCCAGUACAUCGGAGAGGUCAUGCGUUACCUGUGCAACACGCCCAAGAGAGACAAUGACCGCGAUCACCGUGUGCGUCUGGCUCUGGGAAACGGGAUCAGAGCGGAUACGUGGGAGGAAUUCCUGCGGCGCUUCGGGAACGUGAACAUCUGUGAGUGCUACGGAGCAACUGAGGGAAACAUCGGAUUCGUCAACAACACUGGGAAAAUCGGUUCCGUCGGGAGAGUGUCCGCCAUCCACAAGAUGCUCGUUCCUUUUGCCUUCAUUAAGUUUGAUCCGGAGACGCAGGAGCCGGUCCGAGACUCUGCCGGACUGUGUGUUGAAGUCACUCCAGGUGAAACCGGGCUGCUGGUGGCAAAGAUCAAUAAAAUCGCUCCAUUCAGUGGCUACGCUAAGAACCCUGCACAAACAGAGAAGAAGAAGCUGAGGAACGUCUUUAAGAAAGGAGACCUGUACUUCAACACCGGAGAUCUCAUGUUAGCCGACCGCGACGGCUUCCUUUACUUUCAGGACCGCAUUGGAGACACGUUCCGGUGGAAAGGAGAAAAUGUGGCCACGACUGAAGUGUCUGAGAUUUUGCUCAUGCUGGAUUCCAUUGAAGCUGCAAACGUCUACGGUGUGAAAGUGUCAGGUCACGAGGGACGGGUCGGAAUGGCGGCUCUCAAACUCGCAGAUGGGAUGGAGUUUGACGGUUCUGCCACAUACGAACACGUGAAGAACCUCCUGCCGGCGUACGCCAGACCACACUUCAUCAGAAUACAGGACGAGCUGGACGUGACGGGAACCUUCAAACAGGUCAAAGGUCAGCUGGUGCAGGAGGGAUUCGACCCAAACGUCAUCCAGAAUAAACUCUUCUUCCUGGACGAGUCGAAGCAGGCGUUUGUGCCCAUGACAGAGGAGAUUUACAGUUUAAUUCUAAACGGACACAUGAGAUUGUGAUGAACAUGCAACCGGAUUUAUUCAGCUGCAAACAAAACUGUAAACUGAUUUUACAGAGAGGAUGAUUUUAAUACAUUUAAUACAUAAUGUAUCAUGAA